CAAAGAGUAAUGGAGCUGGGUUUUGACAGUCGAUGGAAGGAAAAUCUAUUAAUAACUAAAGCUACUUGUAAAAACAUACCAACAAGAUUAACAGUUCAAGGACUACAGCAAGUAGAAGCUGUGGUAGACGAUGAUACUUUUAAUCAAAAUAUUUUACCUUCUCUUAAAACACUGGCCAUUUAUUUACCAUCUGGUUUAAAUACCAACAACCUAUCAACACCGUCUGCUGUCAAAAUGUUUACUGAUAUUCAACUACAUCUUCUGUGUAAUCCAGGAAAACCAGAAAUGGAAGAAUUUAAAGGAUUAUUUAACCCUCAUUUAGUUGACAUGCCACCAAGUAAUUUACAAAAGAAACUGUCUGCAGAUGAACUGUAUGGAAAUGUAGCUGUUGGAAUAGCUUACACACAACUUACAGCUAGACGAGUGUGGUUAAGUACAUAUGAACAAAUUUUCACGGGUGGAAAAUCUGAUUUAACAGAAGAAAAGAUCCAGACAUUACUAUACAACUUGUUAAAAAUGUACACCUCUUUAUGUCAUAUCUACACAGAAUUUUACGGAGAACUAAAAAUGUCGAACCUUUUCAUCAGCCAACAGCAAGAUAAUCUAGAGGCUAAUAUUAGUCAAAUCAAACAUAUCGUUGAUGUGGAGACCAUGAAGAAACCAUCUGAUCACGCUUUGAUCAAAUUACCCAAUGAUUAUUAUGUGUGUAACGCUCAUCUCUUGUCACAACAAGGAUCUUUUCAAGAUAAAGUGAACGAGGCCACGAUGGAUUUUAAACAUUACAAUCCAUAUUCAAAGGUGGUUAAUAUAUUCGCCAGGCGGGGAAUGAUUAUAAAGAAAAUUUCAGAUGAGUUUUUCAACAAAUUGUCCAACCUACAAAUUCUACAUUUAAGCAAAUGUAAACUUUUAGAAGUAAUUCCCGAUGGUCUAUCCAAAAGUUUACAAUUAAAGACACUUACGUUGGUAAAUUUACCGAAAAUAAAGUCAUUGCCAUCGGAUAUAUUCAUGUCCCCUUCUCUCGAAUACCUGGAAAUAUCACAAGUACCAGUUAAAAUUAUUCCAUCAAAGUUUCUUGAAACGAGCAAAUUGACAGUUUUGAUAUUGCGAUCUAUGGGUCUAACCAGUAUACCAGAUGAAAUAGGCAACCUAUCACAGUUGAAUACACUGAUAUUAAACUAUAACCCAAUAACAGAUUUACCCAUGUCACUAGGCAAGUUGCGAAACCUCACAGAUCUAGAUAUUGAUGGAAUGUCGUUAUUAGAAUAUGAAAGUGGUUUUAGUGCUGAUGAUUUGAUGAAAUGGUUUCAUACCAAGGCUUCUUUUUAUGUUGAUUACCUAGGAGAGGAGGUUGUACAAACUUUAUUCGAGAAGUUUGAUAUCAAUAAUUCGGGAACUUUAGAUGUGAAUGAAGUGGCUAAUCUGAAUAAUUAUUUAUUCUGGCAAGUACCAAGACUUGGUUCCAAUAAUAUCAAUAAUGAAGAAUAUGGAGGAAUACCACCUUGUGUGUUUCUACUCAUGAGUCUAGAACAUUUGUCUUUAAAGAACCAGGCUAUUACGGCUGUACCAGUGCAUAUGUGUCGUCUGACUAAUCUCGCUAACCUUGACCUUGCUAGUGACCCCCUGUUAGAAAGUUUACCAGGAGCUCUAGGUCAUCUACCAAAUAUUAAAUCCAUCAAUUUAUUCCGAUGUCCAUCGUUGCGUACACCACCCAAUGAAGUUGUACAGAGAGGUUUUGAAUCUGUUCAGGCGUAUUUAAAACGUUUGGCUGGUGGUUUUACGGAAUGUAGACGAACAAAACUGAUGUUGGUUGGAUUAGGUGGUGCCGGUAAAACAAGUUUAUUAAAAGCUAUAAUGAGUGUUAAUAAUAAAACAGUAGGAACUAAAGGUGAACAGAUUACUGAUGGUAUAGAUAUACAACCCUGGACAAUCAAGACUAAAGACAAUAUUGAAGUUACAUACAGUACAUGGGAUUUUGCUGGGCAAACUUUAUACUAUAAUACGCAUCAGUUUUUCCUAUCUAAAAGAGCGAUAUAUGUAUUAGUAUGGUCAACACGUCAAGGAUUUGAACAUGCUGGGUUAGAUUUCUGGUUGAGUUCCAUCUCCUGUCAUGCUCCUAAAACACCAAUAUUUAUAGUUGGAUCUCAUUGUGAUCAGGUGCCUAAAGCUGAUAUUGCUAUGAAUGAACUGAGGAAACUUUAUCCACAGAUUAUAGAUUUCUAUUUUGUUAGUUCUAUAACAGGGACGAAUAUUAAACAACUAAAAGAUGACAUGUUACGAGUAACUCUGGAACAGAAAAAUAUGGGAGAAAAAAUACCAAAAGUCUGGCUUAAUUUGGAGAAGAAAUUUUUAGAAGCUAGAAAGGAUACAAGUAUAAUGGAAUGGUCAAAAAUAAGACAAUAUGGUAUGGAGGAAGGAAUCUACGAUGAAAAAGAUAUUAAGGAAGCCAUUCAGUUUUUACAUGAGUUAGGAACUGUACAGUAUUUUGAUAAUGAUGUAUUAAGAGAUAGAGUGGUGAUCAACCCCCAGUGGAUUGUAAAUGUUAUGUCUUGUGUCGUAUCCGUUAAAAACUCUCCCAUUCAGACUAAAAGAGGAGAAUUUCAUCAUUCUGACAUGAAGACAAUAUGGAAUGAAUAUCCUACAAGUCUCCAUCAAUGGUUAUUACAGUUAACAGAACAAUUUGAUCUGACCUUCCCUCUACCACAUCAAGAUAUUAAUAUAGUACCUUGUCUUCUUCCACAUGAAGAACCUAAACAAGCUAUUGAGACUGUCUGGCCGUCUAAUGAUGAUUUAUAG